CCUAUGGGCGCCUGUCCGGCAUCGAUUGGUGUGCCCAGGUGGUGCCCCAUGCCUGUGAAGAGCUUGCAUGCCAUUACUGGAUGUUCGGAAAGACGUUACAACAUGUCGACAAGUGCAGCCAAAGGCAAGAGCCAUCACGUUAAUGUCAGAAUAGCGCAUGCCCCUGCACCAUGCCGGCAAGAAGAAUGCGCUCAAGUCGGAGAAUGCCUGGGCGCAGGUACAGGAUCAGCGGUCGACACUGCGACUAUUCUUCUUCAUCGCUUCGACCCGAACAAGACGGAAAGCAGCAAGCAACCAUCGUCCAUCAUCCUCAUCGCUCGACAUCGCAUUCAUGGUGGCUGUUUGUCAACGUGGCAUUUCCAUGUCAUGGUGCAUGCAGGAUCACACCAACGAGUCACAUGGACGUUCUAUCGCGCCAGCAGGCAUUCACACGACACGCGAACUUUUGCGUACUUGAGGGAGGGGAACCCGACAUGAAAGCUAUAUGUUGUGCAAAUCUUGGUGUACUUCCAUCAGGAAGAGGAGGGAAGGGGCAGUGGCGUAGUGGUGCAGUGGGAGGAUGGUGCUACCCAGGGUGCAGAGUAGUGGCGAGGCAGGCCUUAAGUUCGACUCCGCCAGUUGCCCUCGCUGCUGCCCACCCUGGCAAAAAAGCAAAUCCUGGCCUACCUGGGAUUUCUCUGCCCCGAGGGGACAGUUCUUUUGCUUCGGCCAAGUCCUGAUUCAUUUUGUAUGAUCAGAGUGGUUGUCCUUUUUCACUCUCGCAUGCCUACGACAAGCAUGUGUGGCAUGCCACUUCCGCGACCAAGCCGCAAAGCACUCGCGGCCAAGUACGACUUCGCUUUUGGUCUUGCGCUGACCCGACGUAUGAGCCCAAAAUCACUCGGCUUCAACAAUCGCACCUUCCAAGGCUCUAAGGCCAGCUUGUCGAUCUCUCUCCUCCGAUGAGCGAGGAUGUUACCGCAACAACGACUGUUCCUUCA